GAGCGAUCUUCUUCCAUCCUGCAACUACUGACUGACUCUCUUUUCGGAGAAGUCUGAGGGUACGACUAUCACCUCAACUAAUAAUAUGGCUCCUCCUGCUGAGAGCAAGCCAUCAAAGCGCUCUCGAACUGCCGCAAUUCCUCGUGUCGUCAGCUGGAUCCGAAGAGUGAAACGCGGAAGACGUCAGGCUCAGGCUACUAAAGAUGCUAGUCGUGCUUCAAUUCGUGAAGAAAACCGGCAGCCUCAGCCGCAAUGCCAUGAGAGACAACCACUAGAUCAAUCUAUCGCAACCGCAACUGGUGUCGAAGGUUCCGAGCACCCUCUGACUCUCGAGGAACCACCGAAGGAUGAGCCUCCUUCAAACAAAGAUCUGAUCGAUGAUGCAGCGUGGUCUCUAGGCCUACCAUAUCUCGCGCAACGGCAAGAUCCAUCUCGGUCUUCCUUUCUAGCACGGCUUCCACUGGAACUUCGCGAAAUGAUCUAUCGAGAAGUCAUCAGCGGUUCAGUCAUUCAUUUGUACAAACUCCAGGAUGGAUUACGCGCUUAUGACUGUUACAGGCCGGAUGGGCAGAAGUGUAGGUGCGGACAUGUUGGCGCAGGACCAGAUUCCAGGAUCGCGAGGAGGUUAUCGUUGCCUUUGACAUGUCGACAAAUCCACCACGAAGCCAUCCCCAUACUCUACUCCACCAACACCUUCGUCACAUUGAUCAACAAAGACAUCGCCCCGGCACUAAUCCAUCUACCUCGUCUUCUCCACCCUGAGUCCUUCCAAGGCAUCAGAUCGCUCUGUAUUCGCUGGAGCACCGAUGGUGUAUCAUUCGCAACGUCUGAGCCAGAGUGGCCCUGGAGCCUCGUUUGGGAGACCAUAGCGUCAAUGAAGGGCCUCCGUCACCUGCGCUUUCACGUAGAUAUGUGGCAUCCUUUACCGAGCUCAUGGCGAGGUUGGUUUCGGCAGGAGAAGGGGUUGCUUCGAAUAGCGGAGCAGCAUGCGGAGGACAUGUCGUUGAACUCGUUCCAUCUGAACCUGCCGGACCCCGAAGGUGUGGCCGAUCUUCCAGGUGAGCCUGUGGCGCAAAUCAAGAUUGGAGCACGGGUAUAUCCGGUCAAACGGGUUGGUCCUUCUGGUCUAUUUGAUUGAUGGAGAGGGCUAUGAUCCAGCUGGACAUAAUGUCGGUUGGCGUGCAAGCUUCGCCAACUGUAUAAUGGAACCACCUUUACAAACCCCCAGUUCAUAAAGCCGGA